AAAGAGGGAUGUGUUCUUCGGUCCCAGACAAGGCCAUAUUGUGCCAUCAUUCCCAUGCUUCCCAGCAAGUGGCAGCCGAGCGCAGACAGGCAGCGGUAGCAUGGUGGGGACUGAUCCUUCCUUGUUGGGUAUGGAUGUGCCAUUGUGCAACAAAGCUUCUUUCUGGUCCCUGGACCGGGCAGCGAAGAUGGAUCUGGACUCUGGAGACAAAAAAGAUGGGCAUGAUAAUUYUUUCUACAACGGUACGAGAGGGAUUAGUUUGAGGGAUGGAUGACCGACCAUCAACGAGGUUACUUUGAGCAGCUCAGACUACGACGGUAAGUGGGACUUCCCGGAUGUACCCAACUGCACUUACGGCCAGCUGUGGAUGUAUUUGACUGCCAUUGCAGUCGGGUACGUCGUGGAUGUACUCAUACGUAGAGAUCAGUCGAGGAAGUCCCAGUGUGAGUAUCAGUCAAGGAGGUCCAGCCAGCGGGAGUAUGGCCUUAGUCUCAUUGUUGUCAGACUUGCAAGGAGGUCCCAGCAAGAAAGUUCGUCGCAGAAAGAGUGCACUUCGGUUGACCUGAUGAAUGAAGCCCUUUGGAUGUCUCAGACGAGAUGGCCGGGCAAUGGUAUUGCCAGAUCAUCCCGAUUGGAAAUCCAGAGUGUUUCUGCCAGCAAAUGAAAUGCUAAAGUGUCUCACACUGCCGUCUUCACCCGAAUAGAACGCCCCCGGUCAUUAGAGCUGUACUUGGUGUAACUUUCAGUCCAAGUACAGCCAUAAUGACGGCAAUGACUUCCGAACGUAUCUGACUGCAACGACUGCCAAACCUGGAUGCAUCUGCCUGCAAUUGCAUCCAGAGCUCACUUGGAGAAGCUCUAGUAGACCUCAGAAAGCACCGGAGAUGCGAGGAGAGUGUAGAAAAGGAACCAAAAAUGACUGUCCUGGAUCGAAGGGGUUUUUGACAGCUAACAUAAGCAGCGUGGUCCCUUGAUCUCUGCGUUUCUCUGACUGCUUAAUGCAUACCAUGGCUAUGCCUGCAGUUGCUGAAUGCAUACCGUGGUUAUGCCUUUUUCGAGUGUUUUGGCGUGCGAUUCCAACCUGGAAAAUGGACAAUAAAUUCAAUUUGGUGAUAAAGAAGCAGGUCCAUCAUGGCUCACCCAACCUGGAAAAUGGACCUUGGAUUCAAUCAGGUGAGGGCAAGGCGGUGGUAAUCAUGGCUCAUUCAACCUGGAAAGGGGGGGGGUUAGAAAGGGGGUGACAUGGGACUCAAUUUGGUGACAACAAGAGGGUUAAUCAUGGCCAAUCCAAUCUGGACAGGAACUGGACCUGGAAAGAGGACCUUGGAUUCUGUCUGGUAAGAACAAGGGGUGGUAAUUUACUAAUUUUGCCUCAUCUGACCUUGAAAGCGGACCUGAAAAAGGGAGAACAUUGGAUUCAAUUCCGCGCCAACAGGAGUUAAUCAUGGGUCAGCUAACCUGUAAGCCUGUAAGGGAAGUGGACCUGGAAGGAGGGCCUUGGAUUCAGUCUGGUAUGAACAGAGGGGUAAGCGCGGCUCAUCUAACUGGAAAGUGGACCUGAAGAGGAAGGGACCUUGGACUCAAAUCGGUUGCUUUUGGUGAGAAAAGGAGGGGUAAUGAUGGCUCACCUCACCUCACUUGGAAAGAGAACCUUGGAAAAGGGGUCCUGGAAUCAAUCUGGUGAGAAAAUAAGGGGUCAGUCAUCCAUGGUUCGUUUAAGCUGAAAAGCGGACACAGAAUCAAAAUGGGGGGAACCUUGGAUUCAAUUUUGAGAUAACAACAAGGGGAUAACCAUGGUUGGUUCACACAAGCUGGAAAGUGGACCUGGAAAGGGAACCUUGGAUUCGAUUUGGUGACGGCAGUGGGAUGGAUGCUCAUUGCUCAGGAGCAAGCAACGGUUUAAUAGCUGGCAGUGCCCUCUCCAAUCAGUUUGUGUGAAGUGUCAUCACAGCAAGUGUCUUUCGUUUUUGAAAAGUGGAAAAAACUUGGAAGUCCGUGAUACACGAUGAGCCACAAUUAUUUUCUUUGUUUUUUUUUUCUUUCCCCUGAACCAUAGGCUUGUGGCGAUGAGCCCUUCCAUUCUGCAGAAUAGCGCACCAGGUUUCCUAUAAUUUCGGAAACUGGCAGCUUAAUGGACUACUUACCAUACAUGGAGCAUGCACCGAAGGACAUGUGUCAGACUCCCCAUCAUCACUAUGGCACGGAGAUCA